AUGAAAGGAAACCGCAACCCGCAACCGUUACCGCCGUCGAGCGCGACUCCGCUCUCGCCUACUUCCAAGGGCACAGCGAAGUACACCAACAAGGACGGUUCCAAGUUUAUAACUGUGCCCAAGAUGGGCUCUCCCGUCGACUCCAGCCAACCAUCGCCGACGAUAGCGUCCUCGCCAACCGCCCAAGGUGCUGCACCGCCCGCUCAGCCUGUGAAUCGGAAGAAGCAGAAACGGAGGGCAAAGGCUGCGGCGAAGGCCGCUGCCGAACGAGCGCAGAGUGACCAUGCGGUGAACGGGAUGCCCAGCCCCUCUGAUUCGCAUUACCAGCAAUCAACCCAGUCCGACCAGCGGUACGAACAAGAAGAGCAGAACAUUGCCGGACACGCCCAAAACCAGCAGUCAUACCAGAACGGGGUUGCGCAAGCGACAUCUGGCAAGUCGAAAAAGUCCAAGAAGAAAAAGAAAAAGAACAACGCCGCGGGGCCGAGCGCUGAUGACCCUCCCAACGACGACCAGUACACGCAGGACGGCCAUGCCAGACGCUCCGACGUCCCGCCGCCGCCGCCUCCACCGCCUCAGCGCGAUCGUCCUCUCAUGUCAAAGGAGAAGAUUUGGAACACGAGCUCUCAAGAGGAGCGUGAGCGUAUUAAGGAGUUCUGGCUUGGACUGAGUGAAGCCGACCGCAAGUCCCUCGUUAAGGUCGAGAAGGAUGCCGUCCUCAAGAAAAUGAAGGAGCAACAGAAGCACACGUGCAGUUGCACUGUGUGUGGAAGAAAACGGAAUGCUAUCGAAGAGGAGCUUGAGGGGCUUUACGACGCCUACUAUGAGGAGCUGGAACAAUACGCGAACCAUCCUAACCAGGGCGAUGGGCCUCCGAUGUUGCGUCCCCGCCGCUCGCUUGGCUCGAUGGGCGGGAUGCGGCGCCGCAGUCUCCCCUCGAGAUACUCCAACCAUCAGCCUUCCCACGGGCGGAUUGUGGAGCAUGUUGGAGAUGACGACGAGGAGGACGCCGACCUGGACGACGAGUUCGACGGGGACGGGGAGGGCGAAGUUGAGGAAGACAUCAGCGAGGAAGAGCUGGAGGACGACGAGUACAGUGACGAGGACCAAGAGCCCUCGGAAGAACUGCACCGUUCCGACUACGCCGCUGACUUCUUCAACUUCGGAAAUAGCCUGACUGUGCAGGGCGGCAUCUUGACUGUGGCCGACGACCUGCUCAAGAAUGACGGCAAGAAGUUCAUCGAAAUGAUGGAGCAGCUCGCAGAGCGGCGCAUGGCCCGGGAGGAGGACGCCAGAGAGCAGUUUGAGCGAGGUUAUGACCAUGCAAAUGGCGACCGUUAUCACAAUCACCCUCCUCCGCCAGAUGAUGAGGACUUUGAUGUGGAUGAAGAGGAAGAGCUUGACGAGGAGGAGGAGGACGACUACGACAGUCAAGAGGAAGAGGAUACCAUGACAGAAGAGCAGCGCAUGGAGGAAGGACGAAGGAUGUUCCAAAUCUUUGCUGCCAGGAUGUUUGAGCAGCGCGUUCUUACAGCCUACCGGGAAAAGGUCGCCAAGGAGCGCCAGGAGAAACUCCUGGAAGAGAUUGAGGCGGAAAACCAGCAGGAUGCACAGCGCAAGGCCAAGAAGGCCAAAGAAGCUCAGAAGCGCAAGGACAAGGCUGCCAAGAAGAAGGAGGCGCUGGCCGAAGAGAGGGCACGAAGAGAGGCAGAAAAGGCCGCCGAAGAAGCCGCACGCAAAGCCGCAGAGGCCCGUAAGGCCGAAGAGCAGCGGCUCAAGGCGGAAGAGAAACGGAAGAAGCGUGAAUUACAGAAGAAGGCCGAGGAAGAAGAACGCUUGCGCAAGGAGGCGGAGCGCCAACGCAAGAUCCAGGAGCGGGAAGAAGCUGAACGCAAGGCUCGCGAGGCCCGAGAGCGAGAGAAGAAGGCGCGCGAAGAAGCGCGUCUAAGGGAGAAGGAAGCCCGCGAACAGAAGGAGCGUGAAGCCCGUGAGAGGAAAGAGCAGCAAGAGCGUGAGCGGAAAGAAAAGGAGGCCAAGGCGAAGGCAGAGCGGGAGGCUAAGGAGGCCAAAGAGGCCAAGGAGGGAAAGGAGGCUAAAGAGAAGCGGAAGAAGGAGGAGAAGGCUGCUCAGAAAGCGGCAGCCCUCGCAACUCCGGUCCCGGUGCCUGUUACCCUUCCAAAACGUCCCGCGCAGCACCCGACACAUCCCAUCGCCCCGGUUCCGGCUUUACCACAACAUUCGGCAGCAUCACACGCUUCACCGCAGGUCUCGGUGGCCACACCGGCGUUUCCAAAGGCGCCAACACCCAUGCGGGCGCGCCAACCAUCACAGCAGGAGGGCAGCUCGGCCUCUUCGGGGCCUGCUUCACACUCGGGGUCCGUGCCAAGCCAGAACCCGUCUCCUCACCCCAUCACUCCAAUCCAGGCGAGCCCAGGCCCAAUAGAUCACCCAAGCAAGGUUGCAAAUUCCGGUGCCAAUUCUAGCUCGCAAAGCAUUCUUCAACAACCACCUUCGCACUCCGCGUCCCCGCUGAGCAUACCGUCCAAGUCUGCACCUUCGCAGCCCAGCCCGUUUGGCAUCCCUCAAAUGGGUGGGGGAACGCCGUUCCCGCCCCCUGGCCUGCAUCAGAUUCCGCCUGGACUCGGUAAUGCCGUGCAUCGCGACCCUUUGUUUCUUUCUAUGCCUGGCUUCAGAGCCACACCUGGCAUGAUGGCGAUGCCUCCGGGCCUUGGCGGUCCCGUGGGUCCCCGGGGAUUCCCUCCCAUGAAUCCGCCCCCAGGCUUUCCGGGGGUUAUGGAGUCGCCGGUGCCGGGAAUGGCCCAAAUGAUGGGACCAGGCAUGCAGAAAGAUGCGUCGUCUCCACACUCGCGCCAGGGAUCCGGAAGCUUUGAUGCCGCCAUGUCCCAGCCCGUCAGUCGCCCCACGCCCAUUGGACGGCCUGCAAGUGUCGUUCAAGGCCAGCGACCGUCAAACGGGUCGCCGUCAAGUGGGCUUCCAAAACCAGACCCAGACGCCCAUCUGGGAAGCAGUGCGCUGUUGGACGACGUAGAUGACGGACUCCAUGGCUUUGCAGUUCGGUUCCCUCGGCAACCUGUUGCGCCGCCCGGUCCCCCCAGGCCGGCACCUGGUUUCCCGAUGGCGUCCUUCGGGAUGGACCAUAUAUUCCCUCCGCAUAACAGCCCGUGGGGCCCGCCAGCUGUGCCACAGCCCAACUUCUUUGGUCCGCCGCCCGGUUUCGAUCACAGCCCGCUGGGCGGUCAUGGCAUGGUGAACAUGCCCUGGGGUCCCCCGGCACCCCCAGCCUCAACAUUUGGGGCUCAGGGCUUCGAUCGGCCAAACGAGCCGCGGUCUGUGGUCGUCAGGAAAAUGCUGCGUCGUGCAUGUGAGGAACUGGCCGCCGAAGGCACCGAUCACUUUAUCCCUCUGCAGCGAAUCAAGGCCCAGGUCGAGAUAUUCAGCCACGGUCACGCCGUCGACGAGAAGGAACUCCUCGACAUGUGCGAGACGGAGGGCAACGAAGUCAAUGGCGGCGGCAGCUUCGAUGUGCAGGAAGACGGCCAAGGCGGGAAGCUGAUUCGCUUCGUGCUCGGCAACGAGCGGCCCAUGGCACAGCCAGUCCAGAAGGCGGUGGGAUACCACCCAGAAAGCCCAGCAACCGGGGGAGCCUCGUUCGCAAGCCUCAACAGCCGCGGCAGCCGCUAG